GAAGCCUUCAGCAAUGGCAGAGCUUCAAAUAAGGAUUCUCGACAUGGAAGCAACUUUGGGGCAAAAAGAACAGGAAAAUGCCACAUUACGAGAACAAUUACGACAGUAUGAGGAAAAAAUGCAAAAUGAACAGGAAAAUGCCACAUUACGGGAACAAUUACAACAGUGCGAGGCAAAGAUGCAAAAAGGACUGGAAAAUGCCAUACGGGAACAAUUACAACAGUAUGAGGAAAAAAUGCAGAAGGAACAGGAAAAUGCCAUACCAAAUGAGCAGCCUUCAGCAAUGGUAGAGCUUCAAAGAAGGAUUCUCAACGUGGAAGCAACUUUGGGGCAAAAAGAACAGGAAAAUGGCACAUUAUGGGAACAAUUACGACAGUAUGAGGAGAAAAUGAAAAAGGAACAGGAAAAUGCCAUAGGGGAACAAUUACAACUGUAUGCGGAAAAUAUGAGAAAAGAAGAGGAAAUUGACACAUUACGGGAACAAUUACAGAGGCAAAGAUGCAAAAAGAACUGGAAAAUGCCAUACAGGAACAAUUACAACAGUACGAGGAAAAAAUGCAGAAGGAACAGGAAAAUGCCAUACGGGAAGAAUUACAACUGUGCGAAGCAAAUAUGCAAAAAGAACAGGAAAAUCACAUAUUACGGGAACAAUUACAGCAGGACGAGGAAAAGAUGCAAAAAGAACUGGAAAAUGCCAUACGGGAACAAUUACUAAAGUACGAGGCACAUAUGCAAAAAUAACAGGAGAAUGACACAUUACGGGAACAAUUAAAACAGUACAAGGCGAAGAUGAAAAAAAUGGAGGAGACGUUGCAGGAACAAACUGC